CAAACCGGAUGUGAAUUAUAAAACUCUCCAGAGGCUCAGCACAAAUAUCAUCGCUUAUCAACAUCACUGGUGAAUUUUUAUAUAGUGGAGAGAGAUUUCUUCGAUAUAAAGAGGAAAGGACUGUGAAUACCAUACAGCAAAGCGAACCUGGCUCCACCACUGCCCGUCACGAUGCCCGCUCUGCUGGAGAGACCAAAGCUGUCCAAUGCAAUGGCCAGAGCCCUGCAUAAACACAUCAUGAAGGAGAGAGAGAGGAAAAGACAAGAAGAGGAAGAAGUGGAUAAAAUGAUGGAACAGAAAAUGAAAGAAGAGGAGGAGAGGAAACGAACUAAAGAAAUGGAGGAAAGAAUGUCGUUGGAAGAGACCAAAGAGCAGGUUAAAAAAAUGGGAGGGAAAUUGCAAGAUUUGCAAGAGGAGAAACAUCAGCUCUUCUUACAGCUUAAAAAAGUCCUUCAUGAGGAGGAAAGGCGACGAAGAAAAGAGCAAAGUGACAUUACGGCAUUGCCAUCAUCAAGUUACCAGUCCACCUUACCUAUGCAUUCAGGACAGCGUCUGCUCAGCAUACAAGGCAGUCCAGUGAGUCACAGUAGAGCUAGUGCUCUUUUAGGGGAGCGCAGUAAACAGUUGUUCCAGACACCUUUGAUUCCUGGCCAUCACUUCUCCAGCCAGCCAGGUUUUCCUCCUGGCUCGUCUGAGUAUGGCCAGUUCUCAGGAAGUUCUGCGGUCCAUGAGCCAUAUGCAGUCACCCAGGCCCAGCACCACUCCUCUUAUGGACCUGCUGUUACUGUGCCCAUCAGCUUUGCAGGCACCAAUCAGAUCAGAGGGACAUCACCAUUCCAGAGCAUGUCGUUCUUGCCCCACCAGCCUCAGGGUUAUGCUGUCCAGAGCCAUUUCUCCUCCCAGCCUGGAUUCAUACCUAGUGCAAGUCUCUCCCUUCAGAAGCAGCUUGAACAUGCUAAUCAGCAGUCUGGCUUCACUGACUCCGCUGCUCUUAGAUCCAUGCAUCCUCAGGCUUUACAUGUAAGUGCAGCUGGACUGCUGCCCAACCAGUCCAUGGCUGUUCAGAUCCCUACAGCAAAGAGUUCACCUCAGCCAGCAUCUCAACACGCCUUCCUCUCUCACGCUCAGGCUGGACAAAGAUUCUAUCACCAUGGCAAACCACAUUAACAACAAAAAUUAUGACUAUUACAAGGUGCCAGUAACAAAUGUCCCAUGUAAUAAAUGUCUG